AUGAGAAUCUUGAUGUUGGGCCUCGACAACGCAGGCAAAACCACCAUUUUGUACAAGCUCAAGCUUGGGAAAACAUCGAAAACGGUGCCCACGGUCGGCUUCAACGUGGAAACCGUCAAACACAAGAACGUGUCGUUUGCCGUGUGGGAUUGCGGUGGACAAGAGAGAAUCAGACCCUUGUGGCGCCACUACUUCACCGGCACCAACGCCUUGAUCUACGUGGUGGACUCGUCGGAUUGGGCGCGGUUGGACGAGUCGAAAAACGAGUUGAUGCGUGUCAUUAGCGACAAGGAGUUGACCAACUGCUUGUUGAUUGUGUUGGCCAACAAACAAGAUGUCAGCGGCGCCAUCAAGCCCAAGGAGUUGAUCACUCGCUUCGAUAUGAACUCGCUUAGUGGCGAACACACGUGGUCGGUCAUUCCAACCAUUGCACCCGAGGGCACGGGACUUGCCGAGACGUUGAACUGGAUCUCCAGCCACUCCAAGUAA